UACAUAAAAUUGUCUCUGCACAUAUCCUCUAUUCUUUUGAUUAGUUUCUAAGAAAUGGAAUUGAUGAUUGAUUAGAAAAAAGUACUUCAACCCCUGCCUGCCUCGGCAAAAAGAUCAUUCGUCACAUUAUGUAACAUAAAAAUUUCCAAACAGGUUUUUCUUUCACAAAAGUCUUUAGAUUAAAUCGAAUGUUACGGGUUUGACAAAUAACAAUAUGAAAACAAACAUUUUUCUUAACCAUGUUUUGGCAUUUAUGUUCACCUGGAAGUUAUAUUUUUAUAGGGAAACGCGAGAAAGUUCGAGAGACAUAAAAUUGUGAAAAAUUGAUGGAAGCAGCACAACGACGACUCUACAAGCCAAAGUCGCUGGAAUCGUCGUCGAUAUCGCCAGAGUGAAAUAGCAGACCAGUGGAAGAAAGCCUGUGUGCGGGAUAAUCAGUUGGUUGAGUGCAAAAUGGACGAUUGGCGCAAGGCGGCCGACAAUUCCCGGUAUCGAGACCGCUCCCCAGCUGCGUCGAAGUACCGUGACAAGUCACCUGAACGACGCAGAGAUCGUUCCAGGGAUAGGUAUCGGGGCGCCCGGCAUCGCGACAGAAGCCGCAGUCGCAGCGGAAGCUAUUCAAAGAGCAGGAAAACUGAUCGGUACCGAAGCAAGAGCCGUAGUCGUAGUGAUCGCCGAAGCACAAGCAGAGGACGCCAUCGAUCGAGCAGGUCUCGCUCGCCACGCCGCAACCACCGCUCGUCUCGACAUUAUUCUUCGAGGAGUCGGUACCACCGGAGAAGUCGCUCAAACAGCCGGUCACGUUCGCGAUCCCGUCGCUCAAGUCCACGAGAAGACAGAACGCCACCGCCCCCACCUCCACCUGCUAUCCAAUCAGAAAACGAAUUUGAAUAUUCAAACACCAACAGCGGAACAGAGCAGCAUGACGUAGACACAUCCAACCGCGGUUUCGCCACCGUUCAAAACAACUUCACUUCGGAAAACUCGUGCCCGUCAAUUGGCCCAGAUAAUUCAAACUCGGAAGCAUCGAAUGCUUACGAUAACGAUUUUGAUGAACCCAUAGACAAAGAGCGUAUCCACCGCGAAAUGGAGGAAAAGCUGCGCCUAGCUCUCGCGAAAGAAGGGAAAGUAUAUCCGCCGCCGAAGCCAGAACCGUCUCAUCCGGUCUUCGCUAACGACGGCUCCUUCCUGGAAAUAUUCAAGAAAAUGCAACAGCAAAUGACACAGCAACAAGCAAACGCCGAUGCAGCCGAGCAGAAACUGAAAAAUCAACCAAUUUGUAAACGUCGUGGUGGAAAAAUCUUGAAGACGGGCAUAGUGGCCAAGUCUCGUGCCACCGAUCCAAACAACGUCGACCCGAAAGACUUCUGGUCCCUUUACUUACAGGAAGUGAAGAAAUACAAAAACACAUCAUGUGAUGUAGAUAGUAAAACACGGCCUUUGGUCAAGUAAUUUCAUAGAUUUAAUCGUAUGGUCGCUAUAUUAACGAUUUCUAAACUAAACACUAGCUUCGUAAGUUGUCUUAGAUAUAUUUGCUCUGGAACCAAACUGAAUUCAUCAAUUCCAUUUCGAAUUAAUCAAAAGAACGACGAGUAGAUAUGUAACUAUGUUUAAGCGAUUUUAUUAUGUAAGAUUUUUAUUUUCCUUGCAUUUAUGAGUAAUUUUUGCUGUUCCGAUUAUUGUAAGUUGGGAAAUUGCUUUAAUUUCAUUUUACUACACGGCGGCAAGCACUGAAGAACAAAUUCGCAACAACCGGAAAUUGAUUUUGCUGGUUGAGACGAUGCCAGAAUUCCCCCCGCACGAAUUCGUUUUCCAUUAGAACACUGUUUGGUAGAGACAAUAUUUGCAUUUAUAGGUAAUUCUGUUCGAACUGAGCGACACAGGGAUUUCGUAAUUUCUUCCAACAUUUUUGAGAAUUAGAUUUUCGAGAGAAUAGAUUUACACAGCUCCAAGCAUCUUAUGAAAGGUUGUGGCUUUUUUGGCGCAAAGUCCACAAGUCUUUCCAGCAUUGCUUCACUAGUUAAGAGGCUUCCUUUCUAAGGCAGAAGACUGUCAUUGACUCAAGAGAUUGAGGGACAGUAACUAGUCAUCAUAUUGGCUUCAUUACUCACAAGUUCUACUUUCGAGCUGCAUUUAUGACGUAAGUGUAAUAUACCACAAGGCCUACAAUCUUUCAUUGAGCGGCUACAAGUUCCCGUUGUCAACAUCAACUAAUCAGUAAUAAAACGCUUUGGUGUUCAAAUAAAUUCGUACAUAUCAGCCCAUAACUGCUUGUUUUUAGGCGUGAUACGUAAGUGGUCUAAGUUAUUCAGAAAGUCUAAGGGAACUUGAUAACCGCUCAUGAGGAUGUUUUUUUUAAAAAGAAAACACGAUAAUUUUGCUAUUAAAGUUUUAGGAACUCAUUACAAUUCCUUUCACAUAUUUUGUGGAAGUUGUCUUCAAAGCAUUUUAUAAAAGUGAAUUGAGUGCUCGAGUUUCUAGUAAAUGUCUUAUUCAUUCUUGAUAAUUACACAGUACACGUCGAAAUCUCUCAUUCGGAAAACACUUCAAGAUGAGAAGAGUGUUGAAUCAGAAUAGAACCGCCUGUUUAGUCUUCCUUUUCCAUUGAAUUGGCUAUUUUUGUUAUUAUAAAAUAUGCAGGGGAUGCGUUUUUAUUUUCAUCAGUUACUCAACUGCAAGCAUCCAUGUACAGUUGCAAUCUGCAAGAAUUUAUCCGUAAUGCAGUAGAUACCAAUGCCUUCUAUCAUGAAUUUGGUUCGAAUGUCUCGGUAAAAAGACACUUGCUGUUAGCUUCACUUAUCAACAAUGCCUACUACAAGCACAAUUAAGACAUGACAUUGGGAAAGUCCACUUUAAUUCGGGUUUGCUAUGAUAUUAAAAUAAAUCUCAGUUAAAAUUCGGAAAUUAAUAUUAUUUAUUGAAUAAACGCAUUGGAAAUGUAAUCAGUUCUCGUUUAACUUUUUCUUGACGAAGUGAACAUUUAUUUUCUAAAUUGUUGAGACCACUUGGAUGCUGAAAACCGUAAAAUUUACCUAAUCCCAUCGCAUUUUGACUGUUAUUUUAUAUUACUUGAAGUUGAAAUUUUAUCGCGAAUUUGAUUGAAUAGCGGAAAUAAAGGGUCUAAAAAAAUAAGCCAACAUAGCAUAGCGCAAUGCUCCACAAAUAACUCAGUAUUUUCCACAGCAUAAACUAAUAUCCACAUAUCUUCUGUUCUUGUAUAUUUAUUCAUAAAUAAAUAGAUGAAUAAAAAUAAUCGUACUAUA